GUAUUAUUCUUUUUUGAUACGCAUUCGCGACAAGUACGGAGAGAAACCGCGAUCGCUCUCUGCGAAUAAUGUGUUAUGAAUUUGAAUUUACCGCGGAAUAUAAUUAAAAUAAAUAUUACGCGAAGUACAAAAGUUUUUCUAUAUUUAUGACUGAAUUUUAUAUUCAAAUAUAGAGUCACGAAGUGACGGCCAAUACUCUUAAAAACGGAAGUAAAAUUAUAUUUUGAUCAGUUUUACGUGCAUAACAUUUUUCUAAAUUAAGUUUCUCGAAUUAAGUAAACUAGGCCCACGUCAAUCCCACAUUUGUCCACAUUUCGAGACAAAACUGUAUUCAAAACGGUAUUCAAACCAGUGAUGGGAGAUUGCACGGAAUCGUCUGCUACGGGAGACUUCGUGCGCAUGCGUGAGAUGACGUAGCAGCUCGAAUCCAAUGGUGGAUGUAGGUGCCACGUUAAGGGGUCACAGGGGUCCCGUGCAUGCACGAAGUAUCCAUUCCAAUAGUUUUCCCGUGUUUAUUCUGUGAUAGUGUUUGUAAUAAUACAUAUUGAUAAUAUAAAUCAAAGUCGUAAUAUCAACCCAUCUGCUUCGUUUACUGUUUCUAAUAAUAAUACAUUUGUGAACCAUGAUACUUUCAUCAAAAGUUUUCUUCCCUAAAUUCGCUUUCAGAUUCAUUUUCAUGUUGGGAACCUUAUGCUACCACAUAAUAUGUACGUCAGUGAGGCUGCGCAGAAGUUUGCUCAAUGCGCGUGCGCGUGAAUUCCGUGCGAUCUCCCAUCACUGAUUCAAACGCCGCGCCACGCAGUUGUCGAGAAGUUGUCGGUGCGCGCAGGUGGCGCAGCUGUGCUCGCCGGUCGACGAGAAUAGGCGGCGCGACACCUCUCGUUCCUCUCGCCAGAGAGAAGCCGGAUGUCGCCAUUGUCGCCAGACGUCGCUCUGCGGCAGAAAAAUCUCGACUUCGUGCGAUUGCAUUUCAAUAUGGCGAACCGCGACAAAGGACGCAGAAAGUGGGGAGGAUUUUCACAAGAAUCAAUGACUUCUAAAUUGGAGAAGGACAGACUGGCGGGGAUACGCGGCGGAGGGAGUAGAGCACCACAGGCCUUGUACACACCGGGUAGCGGCCCAUUACGUAAGUCGGGCAGAUCCGGCAGCAAUGCCGACGAGUACGACAAUGAAAAUGGCUCGCAUGGAAAAUCCAGGCUGCCCUCCGUCCAGUAUCAUCCAAGACAGUCGCAACUCGGUAGAGCUAAUCCGGCGCAGGACAGUCCACCUCUGUCACAAAUCGACAAUGUAACUGAAAAGUUGGAUAACACCCAUAUUAACUAUAGAAAUAGCAGCAAUAUCGAGUCGACGCAGAGCACCGGCGGCAGCUCUGGCAGUGGGGCGGGUAGAAAUGACCCGAGGAAGAAAAAUAGGAAACCCGAGCAGUUGUUGUAUGUGCCGAAGAAAGUGAAGGAAGCAUUGGCUGAACAAGACGGAACCAAUAGAUCUCCCAGCCAUGCCGCGUGGGAACGAGAGAGGGAAGAGAGCAACGAUCGCGACUCGCAUUCCAAUCGUAAUCAGAGCGAUCGCAGUCGAGCGAGCAGUUACAGCACGCGAGACAAUGAAAGCAACGGCAGGGGUAGAGACGACACCAGUAAACGGUAUUCGGGUAACCGUCGAAACCGCCACGCCAACGAGAACGAGGAUCGUUGGCAUUGGCGGACCCAUUCACCGGUGUCCGCCAGAGACUGUUCGAAUCGAAAGGACAAUCUACGCGAAGUCAGACAGGGCUCGGAACCUUUAUCUACCAACCAGAACGAUUUUAAUCGUACGCGAGACACUCGUAGUGUCGAGCCCGUUGGGCAUUCGGAUAAGUUUCAAGGCAAGCCACCCUCGGGCCGACGCGGCAAUACAAAGGACAGUUUAUCGAAAAGUAUCAAGUUGGAGCACCUACCGCCACGAUUUCAAAAGAAAUAUCUCAUGGAUAAUGGAUACGCGUUACCCAGCAACAAUCCAGGAACGUCCUCGGAAGACACCUGGAACGGUAGCAGCAUUACAUUUCAGCAGGGUUUGUCGAGUUAUAAUUAUUCACCGGCGAUGCAGCAUUCGCAAACUAUGCAAAAUCUGCCACCGUCUGGAUCGUUGCCAUCGCAAUCUAAUUGGGCCAAUACCGUACCGACGAGAAGCAGAGGUAGAGGUAGACUUAGACUCGAGGAACUGGAUGGUACAGCAAGCAAUACUUUCAGGCCUGUUACACCUGAACAAUAUUCUGCUCCAAGUUCCAGAUCCCAUACUCCUAGCCAGGAAUAUAUGAAUCGGUCUUACGAUCGCCGCGGUAGCAAUAGCACUAUGUACACCAGUAUGGAAAGCUUAAGUCGUGCCGACAGCGUAAUGAUGCCACCGCCGUCAUCCGCAUCGCCUGCAACUUCGCAAUCAAAUUCGAACAGAGGCCACAGAUCACCUGAGAAUCAUCACAGAGGCCACAGAUCACCUGAGAAUCAUCAUAGAGGCGCAACCUCGCCGACGGACAAUCGCACCACCAACACGCAAAGAACAAUCACCAGUAAUGUCUACGAGCAUAAUUCAAGUCUAGAUAAGCAGAAUAAUCAACCAGGCAUGAAUCUUAGCUCCACGAAAAGCGAAUCGUGUAACAAAGCAUCUUAUAACGCAUCUGAAACAUUCGACUGGAGUGAAGAAGUUGAAUUAAAUGAAAAGUUAGAGCAAGAACAUUUAAGUCGUAGCUCGUCCGUGUUAAGCAUACGGGAAAGCACCAGUGUACCGCGAAGUCAGGCCGUAGGUGAGAGUCAUAGGCGACGUAAAAAAAAAAAACGGGACAAACAUCGUGAUGCUGAUCGUGGCAGGAGCAGAGACAAAGGUCGAGGUAACAGCCGCGAGCGUCAGAAAAAUCAACAGAACAGAGAGAACGACAACUAUAACAAUAAUCAAAAGAAUAGUAACAAUAAUAAUAGCAGUAGGCGAUACGAUCACAGAAGGCGUAAUAUCAUUCAGCACAGCCGAGAAUCGAGUAAAGACAGAAAUUAUGGCGGCAGCUAUAGAAAUUUCGACGAUCUUCACAGACGCAGGAGUGAUAGGUACUUGGAUGAAGAUUGGAGAACUGGGAGAAAAAUAUCGACUUGUGAGUCGGAUGAGGGGAGACAAACUCCCAAAGUUGCCUCUCACACUGCUCCACUUUCGAGCAUAAACUCGAAUUCGACAGUACACCGGUCGUCGCCGACAGGAUACAGUACCGCUCAACCGGGCGUCUUAAUCUUGCCUAAUGAGACUAGUCAGUCUCCCAAUCAGACAGCCACGACUUCUCAGCAAAGGACCGGGCAGCAACAGCAGAGAACGCUUUUCGAUCCGAAUAAUCCAUACAAACCUAUCGUUAUCACUUCACCCGGAAGUAGAGCAGCUGUACAAAGGGAUAGUGAUAUGCAAGUCUCAAGCGUUCCAGUAUUUCAAUCUAAUGUAGGUAUCACAUCGCCACACUAUUCUUUCCAUGGCGCCCAAUUGGACGGUAUGCCACCACCGUACAUGAAUGACCAAAUCGGAAAUGUGAGACCUUCGUGGUAUGACCCAUUUUCAGCUAGUUUUCACUCGGCAAAAAAUCACUGCCUUCUAUUGGACAUAGAACGUGCCGACCUGGAACUACAAUGGAUAAUAAGUUCCGGCGGGUUUACCUCGCGUUUGGAUAGAGUCUCGUAUAUACGACACUUCCUUCAACAGAGUUUAAAGAUCUUGCUUGAGACUGAUAUCAAAUUCUGCCAGGCGGAGAACGUUGAGCAACACUUUUGGAAGAUAUUGUUUUAUAAUCUGAUCGAGAUGUUGCGAAAAGCAGUGCCCAAAGAAAACUCUGAAGGGCGAGAACGUUACAAGCAGAUAAUGUUAAAUAUCAUCGAUGAGGGUACCACUUAUCUGGAAAGUUUACUGACUACUCUCGAGACCACGUACCAGUUUAAAUUGGAUGCGUUCCUUGCGUCAUCGAGUCUACCCAAGGGUCUUGGUCUCUUGGGAUUGGCCUUAGUCAGUGCUCAAAAGAUAUUUUUAUUCUUGGGAGACUUGGCGAGGUACAGGGAGCAAGCAAACGAAACGAGCAAUUAUGGAAAAUCAAGGCAGUGGUACUUGAAAGCACAGCAAAUUAAUCCUAAAAAUGGCAGACCUUACAAUCAGCUUGCCUUACUUGCGCAUUAUGCGAGACGGAAAUUGGAUGCAGUGUAUUAUUACAUGCGAUCUCUUAUGGCGUCCAAUCCUUUCCAUUCUGCUAAAGAAAGCUUGAUAGGGCUGUUCGAUGAAAACAGAAAAAAGUAUCUACAUUAUUACGAGUCUAUCGAACGUAAACGGAAGGAGGAAAGGGAGUCGAAGGAGCGGGCGAGGAUGAAGGAGAAGGAAGGUGCGAACAUUAUCGGCGGCGGACUGAGGAGAGAGACGUGGAUUCAUCCAGGUGACGGGAGACGGGUGCGACGUACAACAAGCGCCAACGAAGCGAGAUUGUCCCACGCAAGCGACUUGGAGGAAUUAUCGCAAUUAACGAGUGUCGAGGUGAACAAGCGAUUCGUCACUUCGUACCUUCAUGUGCACGGGAAGCUCAUCACCAAGAUAGGGAUGGAGACUUUUCAAGAAGCCGGUGUUCAAAUGCUGAAGGAAUUCAGAGCCUUGUUACAGCACUCGCCACUACCACUUCCUGGUACUCGUUUACUUCAGCUCUUGGCGCUCAACAUGUUCGCGAUCGAGACCACGCAGCUGAAGGAGUCUCAGAUGGAACAAGGCUAUAGAUCGGAGGUCCAAGAACGGGCGCUCGUCGUAUCGCUGCAGAUGUUCAGCCUGAUCUUGGAGCGCGGUGUAUUUUUGCUGAAAGCUCAGCUAGAUAGCGAGCAGGAACCGAGGCUGGUGGUCGGCGAGGAUCUCCAAGUGCUUCUACCGGCUAUUAAGAUCUGGUGCGACUGGAUGCUCUGCCACAGCACCGUUUGGAAUCCUCCGCCGUCUUGCACGGAUUACAGAGUCGGCCCGCCGGGAGACGCGUGGAGCAGACUGGCGACGAUGGUGAAUCUUCUAGAGAAAUUAAAUUACACCAGAACGACUCUGAUUCAAGGCAAGGACACGGAAGAUCGCGUGGAAGGCCUGGAACUCGUUAAACUACCGGAAGAUAUCACGCUGGCCGGAUUCACUCCUCUCAUGCUGAAUCCGCAGGACCCGUGCUACGUGGAGAAAACGGAAGAUAUGGAAGUGGCUCAGAUGUGCCUCAGGAUAAGCAAGAUCCUCUUCUUCGGUCAAGUGUUCUUGUGCGGCUUGGAGACACCGGUGCUGAAAUUGCAGAAAAGCGAGACCGGCGUCAGCGAAUAUGUUUCCGUGGUCGAGGCUUCGAGCACGAGUUCGCCGAGUUCGCCGCCGACACAGAGCGACUCGGAGCUCCUGGUAGAGAGUUACAGCGAGGGGGAGGAGGAGCCGAUUUCAACGUUGAGAAGAUUACCCUCGUGCGGCAACGUGCCCGACGAUACGACGGCUCCCGUGGCGGCUGUCGAGAUAAGGUCGCUGAUCGAGAGGAAGGAGGAACUGGAGAGGCGGCAGCGGAAACAAGAUCGGCAUCGACAGCGGGUGCAGGCAAUCCUACAAAAGUCCUCGGUAUCGGUAGAAAUCGAGGUGAGACCGCGACAGCUGGUGCCAGACACUAACUGCUUCAUCGACUACCUGCACCAACUACAGACCAUCGUAAGAGCGACUUCCGGCGCGCAACCAAUCUACACUCUCAUGGUGCCGCUCGUCGUACUAAAUGAACUCGAAGGUCUAGCCCGAGGCGCCGAUGCGAGAGAUUGUCCUCCGGCGUCGAGAGCGGCUCUAAAUCCCGAGCAUGUGGCGCGAGUUGCCGAGAGCGCCAAGGCGGCACUGGCCUUCGCGAGGAGUCGAAAUCCGGCGAUCCGGUGCUUAACCACGAGGGGCACCGUUCUCACAUCCAGCACUUUUACGGUCGAGGAAGACGUCAACAAGGACGGACUGACACGGAACGACGACAGGAUAUUGACUACGUGCCUCAGUCUCUGCAGAAUUAACAAGGAUCAGGCAAACGCAGAGGAGGGACAGCCGAGGCGUUUGAGACGGGAGGUGGUUCUGCUCACGGAGGACCGGAACCUCAGGGUGAAGGCUCUGGCCAGGGACGUGCCCGUGAGGGAGGUUCCCGAUUUCAUGCAAUGGGCUGGACUCGGCUGAGGCGGCAUAACGUGAUCGCGACGAAACUCCGAUUUUCACUUGACGAGAAAAUCUCCCGUGUUCCUGCCGCGCGAGCCCGACCAAACGUCAAACAAGACCAGGCGCAACGGGAAGAAGUAGAAAAAGGAAAAUGAAGUUCCGCGCCAGAUUCCUCGUGGCAAAUCCGACCGUCGACCGUGCGCACACGACGUCGCUAUAGCAGUCUGUAAGUCUGUCGCAGGUCGCAGGUUGGGUUCGAUUAUUCAGAUCGUCUCUCCCGGCGGUAUAUAUAUAUAUUUUUUUUUGACUAAAUUCUUUUUAAUCCUAUUACGGAGAAACCGCGAAGUGCGGUAAGCAGGAGCAAGUUCUACGGAAGAAAAAGCAAAGCGCGCGCGGCCGCGUAAAAUUGCGAAUGAAGUACGGUACGAAUGGAACGGGGAAAGAAACAGGCUCGAAGCCUGUCGCUUGCCGUUUCGCUUGUCGGAAACGCGAGCUAUUCGAAGGCUCCUCGAGAAUGAGCGUGACACUACCUUACCUUGUACCCCUAACUGUUCCGUGUAUCUCGAACGUGCAGAGAUAAAAAUCCCGAAGAGAGCCUUUUCACACGGGGACCGUGUAACGGGGCGGUCCGAAAGACACGUUGAAUCCAGGACGUUCAUCAGCCGUGGCGCGCACGCGAAGUAAAAUCGAGAGACGACCGACAGGGACGUGAAAUGUUUCCAAGAAAAAGCGAAGAAACGAUUACGAGGACGGAGCUUUACCGUCUUGAAGUGCUGUCGCUGUUUGUAGAUCGUUUGUAUCGAUAACAGCCGUCUAUUGCGGCUGGUUAACCAUUUUAUAUGAUUUUGUUUGCCGAUAUAUUUGCUUUGUUCGUGUGAGACGUUAUUAAAACAAUUUUAUAUCGUAUGUACCGUGUGUGAUUUGACGUGGCGCGACAACGAUGCGUUCGCGUCAUCGUUUUUGCCGGCAGCAGCGAAACGUGUCUUUUUUAUCGUUCCGCGUGAGUCCACCGUGACAUUUUCCACGAGGCGAUUCUCUCCCCUCGUUUUCUUACCGCUGAAGUCAUUAACAUCAUUACCUUUAAGUUGCCAAGUGAAUUGUUAACGACGAUUCGUCUCCAAUGAAUGACUACGCGUCGUCGGGAUAUCGACAAGAUCGGUAACGUCAAUCGAUCAACAUUGAUCGCGCGCUCGAUUGCCGUCGAUUGGCCGCGGAUCCCCGGGGAAUAUUAGAAACGAUCGAAAAUCGCUUACUUUGCAAAGUUGAUGGUCAAUUUAUGUCUAACAACCAAAUGCCCGCAUCACAAUUAUAUUCAAUUCUUAUUAUACAUAUCAAUAGUUUCAAAUGAGAUUGAUUAUUGAUAUUAUAAUCUCAGGCAAGAUCGCUGGUGUUAUCGACGCACGUGUUUUGCACGUAAAUCCUUGAUUUUUGCCAUUGUUUUUCGAUCGUUUUUAAGCCGAGAGGCGCGUCUCUUACUCAUUGCUUACGAGUACUUUGUAUAGCAUAUAUAUUGGCAUCUAUAUAGUUGACCGGCUUAAGACUAGGAAUUAACGUAAGGAAACUGAGCGGAUUUUAUUCCAUGAGGAGGUGCACGAUUGCACUAACCGCGGUGUUCUUUAUAAUAUCAAAGAUUAGCUUUUAUCGAUAAACGGAGAAUAGAUGUAUCCUGCAAGUGUUGGGGCACGAUCGUUAUAUUAUAAACAUUCCGUGUCGGAAUCGUAUUGACGAGAUUUUUUUUUCCCAUCGACGUCGAUCUAGCGACGUCACUUUGCCUGGCUUCGUUAUUACCGAAGCGCAAUCAAGACCACGAUUGUCGAGUGCGAAGAUUCGCGAAAUCGAGAUAACUGAGAUCGCUUCGUUCUCUCACGGCUAACUGUCGCAAGCGCGAACGCGCAAUCCGCGCGCCGAUCGCUCGGUGUUUUCUUCGCGUUUUUUAAUAUUGCUCGGUUUUACCAGAUACGUAUACGAGUUUACCUUUCGGGAGAAAGUUUACCUUUCGGAAGCGCACAGUGGUCGAGGCAUGCGUGCGACCAGCAAGGAACUGCGGGACCGAUGAUUAAGUAGCGAACACGAUGUCCUAUUUUUCGACAGAGAUAAGAUAGUUACUUAAUGCUCCUUAGUAUAUUAAAGAGUGCGUGUGCGUGUGUAUGUGCGAGAGAGGCGGGGGUAAAAAACAGAAAAAGAGGGAGAGAAUGACAAUUAGAUUAACGGAGGAGGACAGUCAGCGGAAAGAGAGGGAAAAAAAACGCUCGACGUACUAAAGACCGUACCUACAAUAAAUCUCGACGCUGUCCGCAAGUCUCGUCGGAAUUCCUGCGAAUUAAAUCGAAUCGGUAAGUAGAAGAAGUGCCCACCCACUGCACCGCUUUUGUUACACCGUGGUGUUCCGCUCGACAAACCACGCCGUUCAGGCAGAAGAAAGUCCCGUCGUGUAAGGUUGUCUGUUCAGUAUUUUAAGGGCACGUAAGAAGCAUAUUAAAAUAUCUCUACCGAUCUGUCGUGGGAAAUCUUCUUUCUAUUUAAACGACAAGAAAAAAAAGAAGAGAAAAAUGUCGCUGUACAGGGAUUCUGUCGCUACUCGCGGAUUUAAUUAUAUUCCUUCGAGGAGGAUACGAUCGCACGAAUUCCCGAGUAGGAUUCCGUGAAUUUGCUUUUUGCGAAACGCGUUGAGGUCUUAUUUAAGUAGACGUACUUCUUAAUGUCGCUGUAAGAAGACGGUGAAGUAGCAUUCGUCAACGAUACUUCACAAGAUCCAAGAUCGGCACGUUGAGAGGAUGGAGAAAGAGAAGACGAGAGAGAAAGAGAGAGAGAAGCGCAAGUUUCGCGCCUGCGAAGUUGUUCAUAUCUCUCGUCCUUCAGCGUGUCCGUUUGCUUUAACGUCUUUUUCAUUUUUCCCCCCUUGUCACCUCCCCUCCUCCCUCGUCGCCGUUUUUAGCUCAAUUUUUUAUUCGAACCUCCACGGCGAGAGAAAGUGCGGCAUGUCGACGGAGUUCGACGAAGCCCACUCGAAGCACCGACGAUGUACACUGUCAUUGUGUUUCACUAAUUUCUAAGUAUAGCCUUUCGUAGCCUUUUUAAUGUGCGCGUUCGGUCGCCGUAAGCGACCGAUAAUUAAUUCGAUGGCAGACGUUCGAGAUGUAAAAGAGUGCAACGGAUGGGCUAGCGAAAUCGCUUGCGCGAAUGCGCCUUGCGAUCGCGAGUACAUGAUGGAAAUUAUCGAGAGACACUUGUUUUCUUAAAUCGACGGGCGGGAGACGCAUAUUUUUAACGACUAACGUCAAACGCGAGAAAUCAGACUUGGGUCGAGCAAUGUCUUAAAGUGUCAUACAUCCAGAUAGCACGGAGACUCCGCAAUGAAUUCUUUUCGGAAUCUGAAUUAUACAUUUUUUCCAUCCUACUUCUGUUCGAUAAAUUCUUAAGGGUUCGGAAAAACUCGCUUUUAUGUCAAAACAAAUUCUGAGUCCUUUUUCAGAUCUAAACGACAUUUUGUUCCUCUCUAUAAGAAUUCGCAUUAAAGGCAUUUUUUAAAAUUUAUAUUGAACAGUUUACUCCGAUGAAAAAAGAAUUAAAAAAUGAAUCCCUUUUAUUUCAUAAGGAUUGCAAUCUGUGCCACUUAGCAAAUUAAUAAACAAAAACUUUGAUUUCAUAAAAAGCGAUCUGUCACGUGUAUGACUAAAUGUUUAUUAUUACAGUGAAAAAAAACAAUAUCUGCACGAAUUAUCAUUGACGGAAAUAAUGAAGGAGCGAAUAAUACAUUGAAUAAUCAAUGAACAAUUAUCAAUAAUGAAUAAUUAUGAAAGCGCAGUACAUGCUCGAUCGGUCGUCGGUUCCUGAGGAAAGU